UACAAUUCAUACCACGCACAUUUGAAAUUCAAAAAGUGACCAGUUCUAGAAGACAUCCACAGUUCUUCAGAAACGUGCCCAUCUUUUUUGCUUUACAAUGGGGAACAUGGAUGGAAAGGCCGUGGAGGAACUGAGUGCUACUGAGUGCCACCAAUGGUACAAGAAGUUCAUGACAGAGUGUCCCUCAGGCCAGCUUACCCUACAUGAAUUCAAACAGUUUUUUGGCUUGAAAAACCUGAGCCCAUCAUCAACUCAGUACAUUGAACAAAUGUUUGAGACGUUUGACUUUAACAAGGAUGGUUAUAUCGAUUUUAUGGAGUAUGUGGCAGCUCUAAGUCUAGUCUUGAAGGGGAAAGUAGAACAGAAGCUAAGGUGGUACUUCAAACUCUACGAUGUGGAUGGAAAUGGCUGUAUUGACAGGGAUGAGUUACUAAACAUAAUCAAAGCAAUUCGUACUAUUAAUCCAUGUCAAGAAAUAAUGUCAGCUGAAGAUUUCACAAACAUGGUGUUUGAUAAAAUUGAUAUCAAUGGAGAUGGCGAGCUGUCUCUGGAGGAAUUCAUGGAGGGUGUCCAGAAAGAUGAGCUUCUACUUGAUAUCCUCACCCGUAGUCUGGACCUGACACACAUUGUGCGAAUGAUCAAGAAUGAUGGGAAAAGCCCUAAUGAAGAAGGGGGGUCGGCAGAAGCUGCAAAAUAGAUGGGAAUAGACUAGAGAAUAGUUUGUUUUUUAAAUAUUAUUUUUUUUAAAAAAAGAAAAAAAGUGUAAUAUUAUAUAAAGAAAUAUUCAGGGACAUAAAUGGGGCAGUAGUCCAGGGGACUUUGUUUUAUAACAUUACAUUAAAAGAGUACAAGCUUUAA